AUGGGGAUCUCUCCUAAACCGCUGAAAGCAGUAAAAACUCAUCUACAAGGAUUUGGUGGUGGAGUCAUUAUCCCAGAAGGCAUUGUUGAGCUUCCACUUACAUUGGGUUCUGACAAUGCACAAGUAACGGAGAUCACACCCUUCCAAGUGGUUAACACUCCUAUGGCUUAUAACAUCAUUCUGGGAAGACCCCUACUGAACAAGAUCCAAGCCAUUGUAUCAACUUUCCACCUGGCUAUGAAGUUCCCAACAGGUCAUGGCAUCGGAGUAGUUCGAGAAGACCAAACAGCUGCCAGACAGUGCUAUGUUACUAGCAUCCAAGGAAUGAGUACAGACGUCAUGCAACUUUCAGACCUCGAGCUCGAGCUUGAGCCAAGGGGUAGACUUGCCCCGGUUGAGGAAUUGGAAGUGGUCGAGCUCGAGCAUAGAAAAAUGGUAACUAUUGGUCGGGAUCUCAAGGCCAGCCUUCGGGAGGAAAUAAUCAAUUAUCUGUUCCGCAACAUCGAUGUUUUUGCAUGGAAGAAGGCCACUGACAAAUGGAGGGUCUGCAUCGACUUUAUAGAUCUCAAUAAGGCAUGCUCUAAAGACAGCUACCCACUCACCAGGAUAGACAAUUUUGUAGAUAGCACGGAGAUGCCGUUUGGGUUGAAAAAUGCUGAGGCAAUAUAUCAGAGGCUCAUCAACAAAGUAUUCACUGAUUUGAUAGGAAAGAACAUCGAGGCUUACGUCGACGACUUGGUGGUGAAGAGCAAGAAGGUAGAGUAG